AUGAAGCCAUGUGCACAAGUUUUAGUUGUACCAUCACUAGAAGACAAUUUUGCUUAUGUUAUCAUCGAUGAAAAAACAAAAAAGGCUGCAUGCUUCGAUCCAGUUGAACCAGACAAGGUUUUAAAAAAAAUAGAAAAAUUAAAUGUGGACUUAGAGUAUGCCUUUUGCACUCACCAUCAUUAUGACCAUUCAGGUGGAAACACACGAAUAAGGGAACUACAUAAAAAGAUAAAAGUUAUUGGGUCAGCAUACGAAACAACUCCAGGAGCAACUGAAAAAGCAUAUGACAGCCAAAUUGUUAAAUUAGGAGAGAUUUGUAUAAAAGCUAUUCAUGCCCCCUGCCAUACAAAAGGGCACAUGAUGUAUUAUGCUUAUAAAAUGGAUGAAAAUAAAAACGAAGAUUUAACUUGUGCCCCGAUUUUAUUCACUGGAGAUACCUUAUUCAUUGCUGGAUGUGGCCGAUUUUUUGAAGGAGGAGCAAAAGAAAUGCUCAAAAAUAUAGAAAAAGCAAAAUCCUUAAGACCAGAAACUUUAAUAUAUUGCGGACACGAGUACACUCUUAAUAAUUUGAGAUUUGCUCUUAGUAUUGAAAAAGAAAAUGAAGACAUGCUAAAUAAAAUGAAGGAAGUAGAAGAAUUACUUAAAAAAAAGAAACAUUCAGUUCCAUCUACAAUUAAAGAUGAAAAUUUAAUAAAUCCAUUUUUUCGAACAAAUCGUUAUAUUGAAAAAUAUAAUACAAAAGAUGAAGUGAAAAUAUUGGAUAAAUUGAGAGAAUUAAAAAAUUAUUUUUAA